AUGCGUCAUCCCGCCGCGCCUACAGUCAUUGCCGUACUUCUUGGGUUCCUCUUUUUCAUGGUGCUCUGGAGUCGGGCACGCGACGAUGGCCACCACGAGGGAAAUCCCCAUCCGGACGACCUACCACGAAAAAAGGAAAAGAAAAGACAACUCUCACUAAGCGAGGACGAAUCCGAUACAGCCGAACCUCGUCAGCAAUAUUGA